GGACACGUGUCUCCUCCCUGCCUCCCCCCCGGGCUCCACCGUACCGCAUUGGCAUCAGUAAAGGCACCUGAAAAGCAACAACCAACUCUUGGAAACGCUGCCUUAUAACCCAAAAGAAAAAGAUAUUAUAGGCCCCGUGGAAACCGGCGGGUCGACACAUGCGUAAAGCUUUGUUGCGCGCACCGCUUUGAGCUGCCCCAAAUAUUGAAUAGCGGGCGUAUUCGUCGAGCGUUAGAGUGCGUUGCCAAGAUGCAGAGACGGAGCAGCGACGUCUGAAGGUGACAUGAACCUGGGGAUAAUCAAGAGCAGCAGGCGUACCUUCAAUAAGAAGUGGAGAUAGCAACUGAAAACCACCUGGAGCUUUGAAGUAAAAAUCGAAAAAGCGCGUUUUCCCGUGGCUAAAUCUAAUGCAAAGUGCCAAGAGUUGCAAUCCAAAGUAGUCUCUAAUUUGAUUGAUUGGGUGGAAAUAACUAAUUUAGCUACAGACAGUUGAGAGUUGAGCGACGGGCGAAAAAUGGCGACGUUAAUCAGAAGCAAGCUUUCUAAUAAACUGUCAAAUGCAGCCACCACUGUCUCCAACAAAUCCCAGGCGAAGGUGAGCGGGAUGUUCGCCAGGAUGGGAUUCCAGGCCGCCACCGACGAAGAGGCUCUGGGCUUCGCCGCCUGCGAUGAUCUGGACUACGACCACAGGCAGGGGAUGCAGAUGGACAUUUUGACAUCCGACGAGAUGGGGGGAGAGGGGAGCGGACAGAUCGGCGGGGAUGGAGGAGUGUUGGAGGGGGACAGCCACUACCAGAGAGACGGCACCGGUCCGCCGCCCUCAGCCUCAAAGGAUGGAGGUCUGACAACCGAACUGACUGAAGUCAAACCAAAAAUCACCGCUUGGGAGGCGGGCUGGAACGUCACGAAUGCAAUCCAGGGGAUGUUCGUUCUUGGGUUGCCCUACGCCAUUCUGCAUGGGGGAUACCUCGGACUCUUUCUCAUUAUUUUCGCAGCAGUGGUGUGUUGUUACACGGGGAAAAUCCUAAUUUCCUGUCUGUAUGAGGAGGAUGAAGAUGGGCAGCUUGUGCGAGUGAGGGACUCAUACGUGGACAUUGCCAACGCCUGCUGUGCGCCCAGAUUCCCAUCUUUAGGUGGCCAUAUCGUGAAUGUAGCCCAAAUCAUAGAGCUAGUCAUGACUUGUAUUCUCUAUGUUGUUGUCAGUGGUAAUCUCAUGUACAACAGCUUCCCCAGCAUGCCAAUAUCGCAGAAGUCCUGGGCCAUCAUCGCCACAGCCGCUCUCCUGCCCUGCGCCUUCCUCAAGAACCUGAAAGCUGUUUCCAAGUUCAGCCUGCUGUGCACACUGGCCCACUUCAUCAUCAACAUACUGGUGAUUGCCUACUGCCUCUCUAGAGCAAGAGAUUGGGCCUGGGACAAGGUCAAGUUUUACAUCGAUGUCAAGAAGUUCCCCAUCUCUAUUGGUAUUAUCGUAUUCAGCUACACCUCUCAGAUUUUCCUGCCGUCUCUGGAGGGGAACAUGCAGAAACCCAGCGAAUUCCACUGCAUGAUGAACUGGACCCACAUCGCUGCUUGCAUCCUCAAGGGCCUCUUCGCCCUGGUGGCCUAUUUGACCUGGGCUGACGCCACCAAGGAGGUCAUCACUGACAACCUGCCCUCAACCAUCCGAGCUGUUGUCAACAUUUUCUUAGUGGCCAAAGCCUUGCUGUCAUACCCACUGCCGUUUUUUGCUGCCGUCGAAGUUUUAGAGAAAACAUUUUUCCAGGACGGGGGACGUGCAUACUUUCCAGAUUGCUACGGAGGCGAUGGACGUCUGAAAUCUUGGGGCCUCACUCUCCGAUGUAGCCUUGUUGUGUUCACCUUGCUCAUGGCCAUCUAUGUGCCACAUUUCGCCCUUCUCAUGGGUCUCACUGGCAGCCUGACAGGCGCAGGGUUGUGCUUUCUGCUUCCCAGUCUCUUCCAUCUCAAGCUUUUAUGGAGAAAGCUGCUAUGGCACCAGGUUUUCUUUGAUGUCGCCAUCUUUGUAAUAGGAGGUAUAUGCAGCAUAUCUGGUUUCAUUCAUUCAAUGGAGGGGCUCAUAGAAGCUUACAAAUAUAACAUAGAAGAUUAGAUGCAAGCCAUCGCUGGAACUAGAUAUUAACUGCAAAUCUCCAUUUUAGUGAAAAACAUGACUACCCAGCAAGCGCAGCCCCCUGCUUAAUUCAUGCGUAAAAAGCGCGCACAGAACACACGCAAAACAUUUGCGCGCUCAUAAAGUCUUGCAUCAGUUCACACACACGCACGACCACACACACACGCACACACACACACACACACACACACACACACACGCAAAACACAGAGAGAGAGAGAAUAAAGCCGGUGGUGAGGGAAACUAACGCAUCCACAACACUCUAUGGACAAUGAUACAUGUUGUAUAAAUAUGCGAACAAAGUACAUCUACAUAUUUUCCAGUGGAGUGAAGGUUUACAAUAUUGACCUUAAACAAAAGUUGCAAAAGGGCAAUUCGUCUUUUCAUCGCUCUUGUGGUGCUUCCCCACAUGAGAAUUCACUUCAUUUAACGUCAAGUUUGUUGAUGGACAGCGGACAAACAUAAUGUGAUUUAAUGAUGAGUAAGAUAAUUUUACAAAAAAAGAAAAAAAAGAAAAAUGCCACUUUCUUCUAGGUGAUUUGCAAUAUCAUAACGGGCAGUGAAUGUGGCGUUAAGCACAGAUAAGCCUGUGGACAGACGUGAUGGCAAAAAAAAACAUAAAUGGCAAUAACCAGCAGUAAAAACUCAAAGUGUUCCAACACACUUAAUGAAUGCAUAUCGAAUUACUAAUAAGAUUAGAAAAGUUUCGUUAGAAAUGAGGAAAUUGGACCUUCCCCGAGCAGGUUAAAAUACUAGAAAUGCAUACAGUGAAAAUAUCAGAUAUUACACAGCAGCUAUACAAACUAUGCAUUGAAUGUAUGAUAUUCAGACACGGAAAACAUGAUGAAACUGGGAAGUGGAAAUUAAACUCUAGAUCUUGAGACUACAAUGAGUAUUGAAUAAGCAGUAAAUAAACGU